CAAAUCACUAGAUAUCGCCAGACAAAGCCCCAAUGGUUAACGACUCCCAACAGCUUGUCAGCAGGAAGGGGUCAGCCCAGCAUAAGGCCUAAAAGCAGCUGUAACCAGGGGCGGACUGACAACUCAUGGGGCCCCCAGGCAAUAGGGGAUCAUGGGGCCCCUCUGUCCUUGCCCAAACACAAAAAAUCCUAUGAAAAAGGUACUAGGGGCAUCUCAUGGGGCCCCCUAUUGGCCCCGGGCCCUCUGGCAGCGCCCGAGUUUCCAAAUGGUCAGUCCGCCCCUGGCUGU